CAGAGAAAAAGAAAUAUCCGGACAGAAAGCAUCAUAGUGAUUUUGAGAGAAGAAGUGAGAAACACUACUCCUCCAUCUUUCUGCUCUUUCUUCUCUUACAAAAUCCCAAGCAACUCUUCGGAUCCACGAGCUAGUGCAGUGAAGUCGGAAGACAUAUACAAGUUCUCUGAUUUGUGGAGUUUGUCGUCAAGAUUAUUCAAGAAUGAUUAACGCAGGGGAGGUGUUUGCAGGGGCUGCUGCUGGAGGACCAGUUGGACCUGUGUUUGAUGUCCUUAGAGAAGUGGUAGAGAAGUCUUUCGCGUUUAAUCCCACCCUCGAAAGCGUCAAAUCCACGGUGGAUUCUUUAGCCUUAUUGAUCCCGCAGAUAGAUGAUCAUAACACGAGAUUGGGUGGUAACCGAGCAGGGGAAGUAGAAAAGCUCAAAGAAAAAAUGGAGGAGGGGAAAAGGCUCAUUGAAGAGCUGCUGCAGGUUAAUGAGUGGAGCUGCUUGAAGGCUCAUUACACCGACCAACUUGUUGAGUUGGAUGAGUCUCUCAAGAGACACUUGGGGAUAUUGCAGGUGCAGGGAGUGAUUGAUGUGAAGGAGGCCUUGGUUGUGGCAAAGGAUACUAAUAAGGAUGUGAAGGAAACCUUGGUUGUGGCAAAGGAUACUAAUAAGGAUGUGAAGGAAACCUUGGUUGUGACAAAGGAUGCCAGUAAGGAUGUGAAAGAGGGAUUGGCUUUGACAAAGGAUAUUAGUACGGAUGUGAAGGGAUAUAGGCAGUGGCUGGAGCGUAUCUCAGUCACGUCAGAGGAAAACAUCAACCAUCUUGUCAGGUUCGAAGCGGCUCUUAAAGCAGGACUGUCGGAUAUACAGAAGGAUCUACAGAAGGGGCAGGAACAGAAGAUCGACAGUAUGUUGAGGGAAGUUACAAUGUAUGGAAUGGAAAACAAAGUGGGGUCGUUGAUAGAAGCGGCUGCUCUAGGAGCUACAAUAGAAGAAUUGGAUCAUGCGGUUUGGCAGGAGAACAAUAAACCCAUUCAUCUUUCCGUAAUGAGUGAACGGAUAAGGGGAAUAGGUGAACGGACAAGGGGGAUAUUUGGAUUGAUCGAAAGGAAGAGGGCAAAAAACAUAGAGAUGUCGUAUAUCCCGACUGUGGAACUAAAGUAUUUCAGAGUGCAGCUAGAGGAGGGGGUACAGCUCGUCCGCAACUGCAACAAGGUUCUUGAGUGGACCGACGACCUAAAGGCCGAGUACAACAAGAAAUUCCUUCAUUUGGAGAAAAUUCUCGAGAGACUACACAACCGUUUAAAUGGGAUACACCCGUUUAAAUGGAAUACUGGAAAAUGCGGCAGCUCAUGUGGAACAACGUCGAUGAGGGAAUCUAUUAUUAUUGAGGAUCGAUUCUGUCAUUCAGACCAUGCAUGAUUCUGUCAUUAACGGUCAUCAGGGACUACAUCAAAAUCCCAUCAAUCCAAAUCCCCUUGAUCCAAAUCGCAUCAAUCCAAAUCCCUUUGAUACCAAAUCUCUUAAAUGAACUUUCGAGCUUCUCAUAUUUUCGGGAAUGAAAUAAAAUAGCUAAUGUUUUAGCAAAUCAUGAAACGUCUUGCUUUAAUUUGGUGUGUAGGAUGACCUUCCAGCUUUUAUAGUAUCAUAUUGUAAUAGCGACAUUAGAGGUCUGCCUCAAUUUCGUUUUAAUUAGUCUGUUGUUUUUUUUUUA